UAUAUGUAAGCUGCAAUGGCUUUUUCAUUCAUGUCAUUCUCACUCUUUUUUCCCCUUAUAUACACACACAAGUUAAUAAUUCAUUCACACCCCCUGACCUCAAACACUUAUAAAGUCUCAUAAUAAAUCCUCCCUCUUUUUUACGUCUCCCACCGGUAUGUCUUGCUUUUCUCAUGAAGAAGAGAAACAAAGCUUGUGCUCUAUGCCAUCUCUCAUCAGAGAAGCUUGUUCUUAUUGCCAUAUUUCUUCUUGCCUCAAAUCCUCUUCUUCUUUGAGCUUCGAAGACGAAGGAGGAGGAGAAGACACUCUAUCCGAUAGUGAUAUUGAUAACAAACAUGUGAUAAUAUUGGAGAUCAGAAGUCGAGCAAUGAAAGCGAAAGCAAAGCCGAAAGACUACUUGUUCUCUGACAACCUCCACUGGUUUAUUGCACCAAACGAAACCAAAGAGAAAGGCGAUAAUAACGAUGGCGAUGUCCAGAGUGAGGUGUUCUACUCAGUGAAGAGCUGCUUCUCUCGCUGCUCAAGCGAGAAGGAGAACGAUAUCCUUAGCCAUUUUAGGAGGAGAAAUUCGAUAUGGGAGGAGUUCUUGCACUGUGAAGGGUGGCCUUUUGGCCUGAGCAGGAAAGCUCUGAUGCUGCCACCUCUGCCGAGAUCUCCUCCAGACUCCUGGACUUGGAGCAAGAGGAACACCGGUACCAAGUUUUGUGCUGCUACAUGAAGAAGUACGAGUGGAUAGCUUCCUGUGUUUUGAAUGCCAUAUGUAUGGUUUCCUGAAAUAUUAUUAUUAGUUUCACAAAAAUUUCACAAAACCACCCCUCAACUCCGGAGGUUUCCGCGAACCCUUGAACUUUAUAAUUCCUCUACAAUUUUGGUCCCCUAAUGGAGCUAGUGGAUUUGGUUAACGUGAGUAGCGUCGUCUUUUAAUCAGAUCAACUCUUUGAGGGGGGUCACUCUAUAUAGUUCCUGGUUGUUUUUAGAGGAUUUUAUGAAGUUUAGGGGGCUUUGUUGGGAACCUCCAACGUUUAGAGGGUUUUUUUUGGGAAACUUAAUUAGCCCUUGAAAUAAGCAGCAUCAUGUAGAUAUAUGAAAAUCCAAGAGUUUGGCUUGUUGUAUAACCCAUGUCCAUAUUGAAAAUUUCUGGCUUUGUUUUGGUAGUAUUUGAUUUGGGACCCUGAAUUUAA